GAUUCACGUGACACAUGCUCUCCACUGUGGUCACCUGACUGGUUGUGUUUGUGAUACUGAAAGAUGGCUGCGCACCUUUCCUACGGCAGAGUUAAUUUAAACAUUUUGAGAGAAGCAGCACGGAAAGAGCUUCGGGAAUUUUUGGACAAAUGUGCGGGAAGCAAGGCCAUUGUUUGGGAUGAAUAUUUGACGGGACCAUUUGGACUCAUAGCUCAGUACUCUCUACUGAAGGAGCAUGAAGUCGAAAAGAUGUUCACCCUCAAGAGUGGCAGGCUGCCCUCUGCUGAUGUCAAAAACAUCAUCUUCUUUGUCCGUCCACGGCUUGAGCUCAUGGACAUCAUUGCUGAGAAUGUGUUCAGUGAGGACAAGAUGCACUCAGCAAGAGACUUCCACAUCUUGUUUGUGCCUCGAAGGAGCAUGCUGUGUGAACAGAGGCUGAAAGAGCAGGGUGUGUUAGCCUCUUUUAUCAACAUUGACGAGUACAUCCUGGACUUGAUUCCGUACGAUGGGGACCUGCUCUCCAUGGAGUAUGAAAGUGCUUUUAGGGAGUGCUACUUGGAAAAUGACCAAACCAGCCUUUACCACACAGCCAAAGGCCUCAUGACGUUACAGGCACUAUACGGCACCAUCCCUCAAAUUUAUGGGAAAGGAGAAUGCGCUCGGCAUGUUGCCAACAUGAUGCUGAGGAUGAAGAGGGAGUUUGCAGGCAUUCAGAACCAGAUCCUCCCUGUUUUUGACACUCUGCUGCUCCUGGACCGGAACGUCGACCUGCUAACCCCUUUGGCUACACAGCUCACAUACGAGGGUCUUAUUGACGAGAUCUAUGGAAUCACUAACGGUUAUGUGAAGUUGCCCCCUGAAAAGUUUGCGCAGAAGAAACAAGGUGAGGCAAGCAAAGAUUUACCCACAGAGCCAAAGAAGUUGCAGCUCAACUCAGCAGAGGAGCUGUACGCAGAAAUACGGGACAAGAAUUUCAAUGCUGUGGGAGCAGCACUCAGCAAGAAGGCCAAAAUCAUUUCUGCUGCUUUUGAGGAGCGCCAUAAUGCCAAAACAGUGGGAGAAAUAAAGCAGUUUGUGUCUCAGCUGCCUCACAUGCAGGCAGCAAGAAGCUCGCUGGCUAACCACACUUCAAUAGCAGAGCUGAUCAAAGACAUUACCACAUCUGAGGCCUUCUUUGAUAAUCUAACAGUGGAGCAGGAGUUUAUGACUGGAGUUGACACAGACAAGGUGAACACAUACAUAGAGGACUGCAUCGCCCAGAAGGAUCCACUGAUCAAGAUUCUACGUCUGGUGUGUAUGCAGUCUGUCUGCAACAACGGCCUCAAGCAGAAAGUGUUUGACUACUACAAGCGAGAGAUUCUCCAGACCUAUGGAUAUGAACACAUACUAACAUUAAACAACCUGGAGAAGGGGGGUCUUCUGAAGCCACAAACGAACUCGAGGAACAACUACCCCACUAUCAGAAAAACUCUUAAACUGUGGAUGGAGGACGCCAAUGAGCAGAACCCAAACGACAUCUCCUACGUGUACAGUGGCUACGCUCCCCUGAGCAUCCGACUGACCCAGGUCUUGGCUAGACCCGGGUGGCGCAGCAUCGAAGAGGUGCUGAAGAUGCUCCCAGGCCCGCACUUUGAGGAGAGACAACAGCUUCCUGCCGGGCUUCAUAAGAAACGCCAGCAGGGGGAGAACCGGACAACGCUGGUGUUCUUCCUCGGUGGGGUGACGUAUGCAGAAAUAGCCGCUCUGCGCUUCCUCUCUCAGAUGGAAGACAGUGGCAUGGAGUACAUUAUAGCCACCACAAAACUAAUGAACGGCACAACUUGGAUCAAAUCCCUCAUGGACCGACCUGAAUCUCAGACCCCCUGAGUCAGCUGCAUGCACACCUGGACACAUCAAACACGCCAUCCAUCAGAAAACCUCAGCUGCUGUUUUUAUGUCUGUAUCAGUGUACUGCAGGUGUUUCAUUGAUGUUUGUGCAGGUUUAGCAACAAUGCACUCUUUAAAGGUGACCUGUAGCGCUCCCCUUGUAAAUAAACAAAUUCAUGUUUACA